AUGGGGGCUGAACAGUCCUCAAAUUCGGAAUCGCGCCGUGCCGACACUGGGACCAGCCAAAGAACAUGCUACUAUGAACUCUUAGAAGUCGAAAGGACUGCAACUGACAUUGAAAUCAAGAAGGCAUAUCGCAAGAAGGCUUUGGAGUUGCAUCCAGAUCGCAAUUUCAACAACGUUGAAGCGGCCACGGAAAAGUUUGCAGAAGUUCAGGCUGCAUAUGACAUUUUGUCUGACCCCCAGGAAAGAGCCUGGUAUGACUCACACCGCGAGAGCAUUUUGAGUGGCCAACAUGAUUCCAAUGAUGCAUCUGCGCCUCCAACUUUUCAUAAUGUUCAUCUUACUACUGCAGAUGAUAUUAUGCGUCUCAUAUCACGAUUCAACUCCACCAUUCCAUAUACUGACGAUGUUAACGGCUUCUACUCGAUCACGAGAGAGACAUUUGAGCAUCUCGCUCAAGAGGAGGAAGCUGCCGCUGACUACGAAGGUCUUGAGUUUCCUGAGUAUCCGACGUUUGGCUCAUCCGACAGUGAUUACGAUCCUACUGUGAAAUCCUUUUAUGCCAUCUGGACUGGAUUCGCUACGAAGAAAUCAUUCAUGUGGCAAGACAAAUAUCGCCUCUCAGACGCCCCAGAUCGCAGGACUAGGCGUUGGAUGGAGAAGGAAAACAAAAAGCUACGAGACGAUGCUAUUCGAGAGUUUACCGACGCUGUUCGAUUUCUAGUCUCCUUUGUCAGGAAGCGGGAUCCUCGCUAUAUUCCAAACACUCAAAGUGAGGCAGAUCGUCACAAGUCCCUUCGGACCGCUGCUGCUGCGCAAGCUGCUCGGUCUCGUGCUGCGAAUAAGGAAACCUACUCUUCAUUUGACGUACCAGACUGGGUUCACUCCAGAGAGGAUGAAAAUGGGCAGCAUCAACCUUCAGAGUCUGAAGAGUCUGAAAUUGAAACGGAGAUUCUAGAGUGUGUGGCGUGUAACAAACGAUUCAAGAGCGAAAAGCAAUUUGAAUCCCACGAGCGCAGCAAGAAACAUCUCAAGGCUGUUCAAGAUCUACGUCGACAGAUGAAAAGAGAAACAGCAAACUUGGAUUUGGACGCAACAACGGUCGAUGACCAUGAAGCGAAUGAGGACGUAAAUACACCCGAAGCGGACCAGAGCGAAAGUCACGGUGAAGAAGAAGAAGAACUUGAUCAGUCAUUUCACAAGCUGAAUGUCCAGUCGACGAGUGACCAAUCGGCUCAUGACAAUCACGACGAGGGGGUGCAUAGCAAUUCAUCCAAACAGCCACAGAAGGUCUCCGCUGAUGAUACGAAACCGAAAAUCAAAAUUGGAAAAGCAAAGCUCAAACGCCAGAAAAAAGCUGCUGCUGCAGCAGCAACCGAAAACGAGCAUCGAUGCAAUAUCUGCACAGCUGAGUUUGACUCUAAAACGAAGCUAUUUAAACAUAUCCGUGAUUUAGGCCAUGCUGCCUCCACUGUCCAGCCUGGCGGUGCCGGAAAUGGUAAAAAGGUAUAA